AAUGCCUAAACAAAACAGUUGUGGUCUUCCCUCUCUCUCUCUCUCUCUCGCGGUCUCUCCCUUCGACUGCACUUGCUCCAGAUCCGGCGGGCGCUCGAGCUCGACCUCGCCGGCGGCAGCGCUAUCUCGAUCGAGAUCUGGGCGGUGACGCGCCCUCGAUUUCUACGGCAGGCGCAGCUUUUCUUGAUUCGCGCGCGACGGCAUAAGAAAAGGGGAGUAAUCCGUCGACGUUCUGCUCCUGCCCUCCCAAAUCCUCCAGCCUCGGGUUCGUGAGAUCCGCAAAAUGGAUCCGAACCCUAGACGGCUCCUCGUCGUCGUCGUCGUCGUCGUCGCCCUCCUCGCUUGCGCCUUGGCCGUGGCGGGCGCCGAGGACAACGAAUCGGCUGGGUCGAGGGUCUCGCUGGGACGACGCGCAGGGGGCUUCCUGCACGGGUUGAAGAAGAAGGAAGCAGUGGUGGAGGGAGACCAUGGGGUGGCCCUCGAUGAGGUCGGCCCUGGGCUGUUCGAUGCGCUCUUCGCGAGUCUCUCGAUGAUCUUAGUCAGCGAGAUUGGAGAUGAAACCUUUAUUAUUGCAGCGCUAAUGGCAAUGCGACAUCCCAAGUCGAUUGUGCUGUCUGGUGCGCUAUCAGCACUCUACGUGAUGACGGUACUGUCAACUGGACUAGGUAGGAUAGUCCCCAACUUGAUAUCGAGGAAGCACACUAACAGUGCUGCUACAGUUUUGUACUUGUUCUUUGGACUACGAUUAUUAUACAUUGCUUGGAAGUCUGACCCAAAGGGAUCUCAGAAGAAGGAAAUGGAAGAAGUGGAAGAGAAGCUCGAGGCAGGUCAAGGAAAAUCUACCAUUCGUCGGUUCUUUGGCAGAUUUUGCACACCGAUCUUUUUGGAGGCUUUCAUCUUAACCUUCUUAGCUGAAUGGGGUGAUCGAAGCCAAAUAGCAACUAUUGCGCUUGCUACCCACAAGAAUGCCAUCGGAGUAGCAGUCGGGGCAUCAUUGGGCCACACUGUCUGCACAUCACUUGCAGUUAUAGGUGGGAGCAUGUUGGCAUCCAAGAUUUCGCAACGAACAGUUGCAACAAUCGGAGGUGUCCUCUUCCUGGGGUUCUCUGUGUCAUCAUACUUCUAUCCCCCACUAUGAUGAUGAACAAACAUUGACAGCUCCAUACUCUUGGAGGAUACACUUAGAUCGCCCUGCUCCCUGUUGAGCAAACAAAUAGAGGAAGUAAAUUGAUUCUUUGAGCACCUCUCGACAACUACAAUUUGGAACUCAUGUACAGCCCUUGCGAGUGAAACUGUUAUUCAGUCUAUAGCAGAAGCUGCCUCGAUGAAUUCAUGGCUGAUUUUUUGCUUGGUUGUACCUGACAUCUAACUUGUACACUAUGCUAUUCAAGUUUCUUUGCCUAUAGAGUAUUAUUCUGAUCCCA